AUGGCUUUGGCGUGCAUUCCAUAUCUAAGGAAAGGUGAACCAAUACGAAUACAGCGUAGAUCGGACUCUCCAUCAACUCCAACAACACCGACAAAUGCCAUGAUGAAUGAAGAAAAUGAAAUCGAUUAUUCACCUAUUGUUCAGCAGCAAGCUGAUGGUACUCGACUUCAAAAGAACGUUCGAUCAAUGGUUAAAGAAAUGUGCGAUAUUCAAGGAAAAUAUUUCAAAGACUUAAAAGUAUGGAGUAGGAAAUGGAAUUGCAUAUUCGAACAAGAUACUUCUUCGCUAGCUUCUUAUGAAACUACACAACGUAUGCUCUCAUCUGUGAGCUCAAUUGGUCAUGAACUGGCCAAAAAAAUUGAUCAUUCACAUCGUGAACUUCGACAAAUUUUAAAUUCAAUUCCAAGAGAAGAACAAUACCUAUCACGACAAUCUCAGCUUGAGCAAGCACGUGUAUCAAUUAAUCGAGCUGAAAAUGAAUUGAAUACAUACAAUAAAAAAUUGAACAAACUCAAUAGUCAACUACGUCGAAUUAAAAAUCAAUUAAAAGAUACAUCAUCAAAUCAUGCAGAAAAAUUAGAAUUGAAAAUGCAACAAAGAGAUGUCGAGGAUAGUAUUGGAAAAGCAGAAAAGGACGUUGAACAUGCCAAAAAACUAUGUCAACGCGCCGAAAAAAAUCAUCGUAAAGAUACUGAUACUAUAUUUGACCAAAGUCAAGAAGAUGAGCUCGAUCGACUUGAAUCAUUGCGUGAUCCAUUAAUGAUAUUUCUUGAAACAUUCGAAAUAAAACAUGGUGCUUGGCAACAAGCAAUAGAAAAUCAUGAUCCCAAACACGAUCUCAAUGCAUGGAAGCAGAAAUACUUUUCUCAAAAAAUCAGAUUAUCAAACACACAAUAA